AGACGAAAACUCUCCCUAAGACAAAGGAAACAAACACAAAAGAGUUGUGGCUGCAGUAGAAUAAACGGGAAGAGAUUCGAUCGGCAUCAGACGGCGGCGGCUUAAGUUAUGGCGAACAUGGAAUCUGAAGCAGUCGAUUUUGAGCCGGAGGAGGAUGACCUUAUGGACGAAGAUGCCGGAGCAGUUGACGCCGGUGAUGUUUCCCCACGCGCUGGCCAUAUGAGGCUUAGGUCAGCUAUCGCCGGAGCAAAUGGCGAAUCGGCGCAGAGGAAGACCAAAGGCCGUGGGUUUAAAGACGACAAAGAUUCCGAUCGCCAGCGUCCCCUUUCCUCUCGCGAUUUCGAAUCACUCGGUUCCGAUGGCGGUCAUGGCCCUCAGCGAUCCAUUGAGGGUUGGAUUAUUUUGGUCACCGGAGUUCAUGAGGAGGCACAGGAGGAUGAUUUAACGAAUGCUUUUGGUGAUUUUGGUCAGAUAAAGAGUCUACAUCUCAAUCUCGAUCGCCGUACUGGUUUUGUCAAGGGCUAUGCUUUGAUAGAAUAUGAGAAGAGUGAAGAAGCACAAAGCGCUAUUACAGCAAUGAAUGGUGCUGAGAUUCUUUCUCAGACUGUCAGCGUUGACUGGGCCUUCAGCAAGGGACCUAGUUUUGGAUCUUACAGGAGAAAGAACGCGAGGUCUGGGAGGUCACAACGUUCACGAAGCCCGAGAAGACGUUACUGAUUGUAUGAUUUGGUUUAAGAGUUGUCUCAGUUCGCUCAGUAUUUGUGAUUUUCUCUCUUAUCUGUAAGGUGCGGAUAUAAGUCCCGAGUGUGAGACUUGUUUUGUUUUCUCUUUUAGUAGGUUUGGCUGUUUUUACGUUGUUUGAUCUUUAUGCAUUUUGCAUGGGAUUGUCGCGUAUUUAACACCAUGAGCUCUGUUUUAAUGCUUGAAUUUGGUUUGGGAGAAAAAAAAAACAUUGGGAAGAUGAUGCUUUAAUUACGUUAUCAAUAUUGCUGCA